AUGGAAGUUGGUGCCGUUACUGUUGAGGCUCCCUUCGAUGAGCCCAAGAAAGGCAGAGUCUUGAUCCUUAAUGGGUUCCCAGGCACGGGGAAAACAAGCAUUGUGAAGAACCUCAAGGAACGACUCCAUGGCCAGAAGAUUCAGAUAGUCGACAGCCCCAUAAUGGCCGGACCAGUGUGCCCUCACGCGUAUCAGCGAGGGUGUCGAUCAGCCUACCUUCAUGAGAUCCGAAGAUUGGCGGACCAGGGCUACACUAUCCUGGUGACAGCUUCUCUGGCGAACAACAUAUCGAGCCAACAAGUUAUCGAAGACAUCCUUCGAAUUAUCUGCGGGAAAGACAUCUCCUUGUUCUGGAUCAACAUCAACCGCCAAGAGGUCGUACAAGAUCAACAAAUAUCGAACUCAACCCGGUUAACGAACGGCGAGUCGAAAACAGAAAAUUCUGAUGUCUUGCCUGCCACCGCCGAGCGAGGCCAACUUGUUCUUCCCUCAAGCCUAGGGCAUAAGCUGGAUGGUAUCAGCUUGGUCACUCGAGUGAUGAAUUUGGGGAAUGACAUCGAGGACGCAGUCAAGAAGGUAUCGGAUGUUAUGGCCCGAGAGGAAUGA